CUAACAGAGAUGAUAAAUAAGAUCAGCUCCUCCACUGUGUGUAUCUUUCAUCGCGUGUCCUGCAAGUUUAAGGAGACCAGUCUUCAGAGAGCGUGUGAGCGAUGGUUGGAGCUUUACCUGGUGACUGAGUUGACAUGUUUCAUCUACCUGAGAGACUUACCCUUUGAACUCCUCCACAAGACCCUAAGUUCCCCCAGGGUCUUUGCUGCCUGUGAGUACCAGCUCCUGAAGACAGUGCUAUACUGGGUAUUCCUACAGUUCAACCCUGCAGCUCAGAUCCUUCCCUCUCAUAGGUUCAUUAUGACCUUCUUCUCCAGUUGGCCAAGGGCUGGCGUCUUCUUGGAACAGCCUGUGGGACAGAGGUUCACCGUUCUCUUCCGGGCCCUUCGCUUACAUGGCAUCACUCAGCGAGCCCAUCUAGAGGAGAUGCAGCAGAUCCAUGUCUUUCCUCAGUCCUGGCUGCUCCUCAUCUUCUCCAAGCACUACUACACUCUCCACAGUGGAGGAGACAUGCAAGUAACAGAUUUCUCCCAACAAGCAGUGCGCUUCGGCAUGGUCAUUGAGAGGGAGCCUCAAUACUGCACACGAACCAUUGGACUGUAUGGCUUCUACUUCCUGCUUAAAGCAGCCAGCAUGGGAGAGCUGGAUUCACAUGGCUUCUCUCUGCAGAGACUGAGACACUGGGACCCUGCCAUGUCUGUGCGGGCGUGUGAGAGGCAUCCUUUCAGUAUGAUGACAGAGCGGGCCUUGUCCUAUCAGAUCAACGUGCAGGCCCAUGUGCACGGCCAGUGGCAGGAGUUCAACAGUGGUCCCAUCAACCAGGAGUUUGGCCUGACCAAGCGCACCUGCAAGAGCCAGGUGUUUAAAGUGAGGGGCCUCAGCUUGCCCAUCUUUGUGACCUUUGCCCUGGCCUUCGCUGCAGUCUGAUUCCCUGCCAGACAGUCACCAUGGUGCUCGUUAUCACAUGUAAACAUCAUACUUCCUGUCUGAUUAAAAGUAUCCAGGAGGA